AUGGCUGCAACAAAGUCAAGACCAGAGAAUGGGAAAGCUUCCAAAGGCAGAAAUCACACCGAGAACACUGUGGACAGCAAGGGGGCUCCCAAGGAUGGAGCUGAGAUGGAAGAUAAGAAAGACAAGGCAUCGAAGGAGAAGAAAGCUUCAAAAGAUGGAGCAAAGGCUGAGGAGAAGACGAAGAAGACUUCAGAGAAGGCAAGAGGAUCCACGGAGUCAGAGAAGAAGACUUCAGAGAAGAAGGACACCAACAAGGAUGAAAAGAAAAUGAAAGUAGCCAAGGACCAAAGUCAGACCAAGAAGACUGAGGGCCAAUAUGCUCCCAAGGAUGGAGCCAAGACGGAAGAUAAGAAAGACAAGGCAGCGAAGGAGAAGAAAGCUUCAAAAGAUGGAGCAAAGGCUGAGGAGAAGACGAAGAAGACUUCAGAGAAGGCAAAAGGAUCCACAGAGUCAGAGGAGAAGACUUCAGAGAAGAAGGACACCAACAAGGAUGAAAAGAAAACGAAAGUAGCCAAGGACCAAAGUCAGACCAAGAAGACUGAGGGCCAAGAUGCUCCCAAUGAUGGAGCCAAGACGGAAGAUAAGAAAGACAAGGCAGCGAAGGAGAAGAAAGCUUCAAAAGAUGGAGCAAAGGCUGAGGAGAAGAUGAAGAAGACUUCAGAGAAGGCAAGAGGAUCCACAGAGUCAGAGGAGAAGACUUCAGAGAAGAAGGACACCAACAAGGAUGAAAAGAAAAUGAAAGUAGCCAAGGACCAAAGUCAGACCAAGAAGACUGAGGGCCAAGAUGCUCCCAAGGAUGGAGCCAAGACGGAAGAUAAGAAAGACAAGGCAGCGAAGGAGAAGAAAGCUUCAAAAGAUGGAGCAAAGGCUGAGGAGAAGACGAAGAAGACUUCAGAGAAGGCAAGAGGAUCCACGGAGUCAGAGAAGAAGACUUCAGAGAAGAAGGACACCAACAAGGAUGAAAAGAAAAUGAAAGUAGCCAAGGACCAAAGUCAGACCAAGAAGACUGAGGGCCAAGAUGCUCCCAAGGAUGGAGCCAAGACGGAAGAUAAGAAAGACAAGGCAUCGAAGGAGAAGAAAGCUUCAAAAGAUGGAGCAAAGGCUGAGGAGAAGAGGAAGAAGACUUCAGAGAAGGCAAGAGGAUCCACAGAGUCAGAGGAGAAGACUUCAGAGAAGAAGGACACCAACAAGGAUGAAAAGAACAUGAAAGUAGCCAAGGACCAAAGUCAGACCAAGAAGACUGAGGGCCAAGAUGCUCACAAGGAUGGAGCCAAGACGGAAGAUAAGAAAGACAAGGCAGCGAAGGAGAAGAAAGCUUCAAAAGAUGGAGCAAAGGAGAAAGCUGCCUCAGAAGACUCUACAACUGCAUCGUCAGCAGCAGCAUCAAAGAAGAAGGCCAAGAAAGAUGUAGACCAGAAGCAGCCAGCAAAGCGCAGCAAUGCAGGAGCAACAGGAGAAAGCCCAGAGAAGAAAAAGGUGAAGCAAGGCAAUGGUGAUGAAGAUGAUGAUGUCAGUGAGGCUGACUUCACGUCGAAGCCUUCUCGACUUGACUUCGAACCACCAGAGCCACCUGUGGAGAAGAUCAAACCGAUGCGAAGUUUGGAGCUGGUUGUCCCAGAAUCAAUGCCUACUUCUUCCAAAGCUACCACUGGGAAACCUCGGGUCCUAAAGCUGACUGAUCAGCAGAAGGAGGAUAUUGAAUCUAUGGCUUCCCCCUCAUGCAUGGACCCCUCAGAACGUAAAAGACAGUACAGUGCGAUGCGUAGAGCAAUCGCCAAGAGCUGUGAGCCAGCACUGCUGGCAAAAUUUCAACUAUGCAACGAUGGGGAGAGGUGGUCCAUGCUCAAGCAAUGGCUGGUUAGCGAUGGGAGCGUUGAUUCGAUAACCGUGGAAGAGAAGUACAGUCAAUGGGUGGAGCAGUUAAGAAGUGACAGAUAUGUCACAGUUACGAAAUUCCAGCUCUACAAACUCUAUGGCAAGUCAAAGGAGGCAAAGGAGUUCGUCAAAGAACUGUGCAAGGGCCAAGUCGGAGUUCCCCAUCCUCAGUGCCCCAACCUUGAGAGCGCCAAGAUGUAUAAGGUCCUCAAAGAGGUCCUGGAAACAACCUCAACAGGAUCUCGAUCACAGUUGGAGCUGGGCACAGGAGGAAGGGUGCGUGAUGCGAAUCUCAAGUCUUUGAUUGCCAAACAAUUGGGGGCUGCCAUGGGUCAGCUGGAGGGACAGUCCCAAAUGAAUUUGAAGACAGGAAGAAUCGCUAGUAAAAAACCCAAGAAGGAGAAACCUGUUGAGAAGAUUGCCCUCCAGGAAGCCAAAACACUGGCGAACAAGUACAAAAAGGCAAUCAAUGAUAUUCCAUCGUGCCUGACUCAAAUCAAAGACUUGGAGGUCCGAAAUUCCGAUGACUUGGUCACAGUGUUGAAGGCUCAUGAGAAUGCCCUUCCUCCCUUAUUUGAUGCUGCCAAUGAAAAGGCAAAUCUUGCGUUAUCAGAGGUUAUUCCUGAUGACAUUCAUACUUUCAUUGAGUCAUGCAAGCCCUUUCUGGCAACUGUGGAAACUGACAUCCGGGAUGCCAAGCGUAGAAUCUCGUUGGUCAAGAGGGCGGUCCCAAAGAAGAAGGCCCAGCCUACUGGAGGCAGUGCCAGUGAUGGGGACAGUGAGGAUGGAUCUGGGUCUGGUUCUGGUGGCGAUUGA